AUGGAAACUAUACCAAAGACUCAAAGAGCCAUCGUCCUAGAAAAGUUUGGACCAGAAGCAAUUCUCAGAACAGACGUACCUGUUCCCAAGCCUGCUGCUGAUGAAGCUCUAGUUCGAAUCGUCAAGACUGGUCACAGUGAUUUACACAUUCAAGAUGGCGAAGUCUCUGUCGCCAAAAAAGGAAUACGAGGUGGUCACGAAGGUGCUGGAUUCGUCGUAGCAGUUGGCGACAAAGUAAAAGAUUUCAAAGUCGGUGAUCGAGUAGGAGUACGCAUGACACAAAACGUUUGCAACAACUGUGAACCAUGUUUUGCUGGCCACACCGUUGGUUGCAUCAACCGUGUCGAUAUGGGAAUGGCAGCCGAUGGUACCUUUGCAGAAUACUGCACAGUCCAGGCUGUUGGUUUGAUAAAACUCCCCGACAAUGUGUCCUUUGAGCAAGCUGCUCCAGUCUUAUGUGCUGGAUUGACUGUAUACAAGGGUCUAAAGUUGUUUGGCAAUGAUGUUAAGCCGGGAAAUUGGGUAGUCAUUCCAGGUGCUGGAGGUGGACUCGGUCAUCUUGCCGUUCAAUACGGAAAAGCUAUGGGCUUCAGAAUCGUUGCCAUUGAUGGUGGAAAAGACAAGGAGGAACUCUGUAAGAGACUCGGCGCCGAAGUCUUCCUUGACUUUACCAAAGAAAAGAACAUUCCAUCAGCCGUCCGUAAAGUUACAGGUGGUGGAGCUCACGGUGCCUUGAUUUGUGCUACAUCACAAUUGGCGUACAGUCAAGCGCCAGGUUACUUGAGACCAUUCGUUGGUGUGAUGGUCUGUGUUGCUUUACCUCACAAUGCCAAGUUGGAUGUACCAAUUGUUUUGAUUGCUUCACGAAACAUUCAAAUCAGAGGAACAAUCAUGGGAUCAAAAGCAGACACAAUUGAAGCACUUGACUUUGUCGCUAGAGGUCUUGUACACAACCAGAUUGAAGUUUUGCCCAUGAGCAAAAUCAACCAUGUAUACGACAGAAUGCGCAAGGGCGACAUCGCCGGUAGGAUUGUGCUCGACCCUCGACUGUAA